AUGGCAGUGUUUAAUCCUGAAAGUUUUCACGAGGGACUUGUGUCAGAACUGGCUUUGUUUGAUUUACCCAGUACACAAACAGGCGUCACAGAUAUCUACUAUAAAGAAAUUCGACCCAUUUCUCAAGUAUCAGACGGCAUAAGUCCUAUUGAGUUUAGAAUAAGUGGACAAAACUCUAUGGACUAUUUAGACAUGAAAGGGACACAGCUGCAUGUAAAGUUAAGGGUAAAAACGGCUGCAAAUGCUGCCUUAGUGGCUGAAAAAGUAGGACCUGUGAAUUUAUUUCUCCAGGCCCUGUUUUCAUCCACUGAAGUCACCUUACAGAAUAAGGCCACAAUCACAUCAAACUACAAUCCCUACAGGGCCUACAUUGAAACCAUUCUGAAUUAUGGACAAAGUGCUAGCUCCCAGAUUCAGUCCCAACUCUUUUACAUGAACACUGCUGGAACCUAUGGUGUGACAAAUCCUGGCGGGGCAAAUAAAGGUCUUUACGAGAGGGCUAAACGUAUAGCCACUUCGAAAGUAUUGGAUCUUCAAGGGCCAAUAUUUCACGAUUUGUUUUCCAUAUCGCGCUAUAUGUUAAAUCAAGUGGACGUCAAAUUAAAGUUCUAUAGAAGUUCACCAGAGUUUUGUUUAAUAAGUGAUGAAGCAUCACCAGCCUUUAAAAUAGAGAUAGAGGAUAUUUACAUUCUAGCCAAGAAAAUACGCGUGAAUCCUGCAGUCAUUUACGGUCAUGCAGAAAUUCUAAAAACACAGAAUGCAAAAUACCCAUUCAACAGAGUAGAAUGUCGUACUCAAAGCAUACCUAGUGGAAGCUCUAGUUUUAACUAUGAGAACAUGUUCCCAGGUCAAAGACCUAAUACGGUUAUUGUAGGCUUUGUAAAUUCAAAGGCUCUGUCUGGUGACUACAAGCAGAAUCCUUUUAACUUUCUAAACUGUAACAUUCGAAGCAUAUGUCUAUACUGUGACGGUUUACCUGUUAAUGGAGCUCCUCUGAAACUUAACUUCAACUCAACCACUGGCGUGACGGAUGUGCGGGCCUAUGUAAACGCAUUUACAUCUAAUGGAAAAUGGAGAGAGGAUGAGGGCAAUAUGUUGACAAGAGAAGGAUUUAGCUCCGGUGUAACACUAUUCGUUUUUCAAUUGGAGCCAAACUUCUCUCAUCACGGGGAGUAUUUGACACUAGCAAAGACUGGUACUGUGAAAUUGGAUGUUCAGUUUGCCAGCCCCCUUUCAGACACUGUCAGCUGUGUGGUCUUAAGCGAAAUUCCUUCUUUUUUUCAAGUGGAUUCUUCCAGAGAUAUUGUAUUGGAAUAA